CGGAAGCAGUGGCAUAAAGGCAUGUGACAGAGGUGUGGUUACUCAACAAGAGCAAAACCGAUGGCAAAGAAACGUUUUUGUCCCCUUUUUUUUCUCCUCUUUGUUUUCUGUGGGCUCCGACUGUCAUCAGGCGCCUCUGAAACAAAUGGAACUGUAGGAGCACCGUUGGUCUGGCAGUGCAAACUCAAUGAACCGUUUGCUCCAGAGAAAAUUAGCAUAUACUGGCAGGACCAAAAUGAUAUUGAAUCACUCCACUAUUACAAAAAUGGGAAGGAGAAUCUGGACCAUCAAAGUCUGUCAUUUAAAAACAGAACCAGAAUCUUCCCUAAAGAGUUACCUUCUGGAAACUUGUCCCUCCUCAUCGAUCCGCUGAUGCUAAAAGAUGACCAGAAGUCCCUCAAAGUUGUGGUCAUUACAGACAGCAUCAGGUCCAUCUGUCAAUCCAUCAUACAUGUGGCAGCAUCGUUUAAGGAGCCAAUCAUUGAGAUCAGCCAAACAGAGAUGACAGCAACAUGCACAACAAAGGGGGGCUUCCCCAAACCUGCACUGUCAUGGAGCUCCGUGAACCAUGAGGGACAUGAACGUACACUAGAACCACCUGAUGUUCAGACCUCUGAGAUCCAAGAGGGAGACGGCACCUACACCAUCAUCAGCACAGCCGGCAUCCCGGGGUCAAAGAAAGUGACCUGCAGCAUUUACAAUCCGACUUCAAAUCAGACUGUGAGAGCAGCCGAGGACGUACCUGCAGAUGAAGCCCUGCCUCUGUAUGCAAAGGUUGUCAUUGCAGUACUCAUAGUACUUGUAGUACUCGCAGUAGGAAUUGGCUACCAAAGAUGUAAGUACAAAGAGCCACAGAGAAAGCCCAGGACCACAGUUUCAGUUCUGAGUUUCACUGGCAGGUCCUGGCACACACCUGCUACUGAGACAACCUGACUAGAAAUUAAAGGCUGCAAGAUUCAGAGUGAAACCAACCUGCAGACUGUUCAGAUCAGGGCUGGCAAACUCAAGCACAGGACGAACACAACUGCAAACACGGUCUGAGUCAGGGGCCGAACAGGAUUAAAAUGUAUUGAACAUCUAAAACUGAGAAUAUUUUAACCGGCAGUAUGAAUCUGAAUGGCCAGAAAACAGCAAAGUUUUCCUCAACACAUAAAAUAUAAAAUUAUAUUUCUCUUCAAAAAUAACAUCAGGAGAAAUGAGAAUAUUUCAAGCUGAUGAAAAUUUGCAAUUUUUUCAGGUUAAAACUGUGAUGUGAAUUCCUGUGCUUCACAGUCAGAAAAAAAAAACACUUUAUAAACUGCAGUGUGUGUGUAUGUGUGAACCACUGACCUGCUCUGAUUUUUUUUUUGUUUUUUUGGCAACAUGAAGAUAAGUGGCAUUAAUUUCCUUUUUGCAUCUGCGCCUCUUGCAGGUGCACCAGUUUUCACUGUGUCAUAUGUGUGAUCAUAUGGUCCUGUCCCUGAAGCUGCAGGUUUAACACAUUAAGAUGCUUCAUUGUGUCGCAGAGAAAGGCCGACUCACACAGACACCUUUCACCCCGGAGCCCUGCUGAGACUCAGACUUCCUCAGGUAGUUCAUCACCUGUGUGAUCAGGCAUGUCACCAAAUUCAGAAGCUGUUUCCUCCAGAAAGACUGAAACUACCACUGAUUUCAACCAUUGCCCCUUUGCAUUGUGGGAUUUGUAGUAUAAGUGGUGGGAGCACUUUUUAUCCACGGGACAUUAAUAAUAGCUUUAUGAAAUCAUCUCAUGGGCCGUAUAAAUUAUAUCGUGGGACACAUCUGGCCUUGAGUUUGACACACGUGGUUUAGAGAACAGCUUUAGUG